CCACUUUGUAACCGGUCCCUAGAAGGGGCGGGUCUUCCUGGAAAUUUUGACUGCAGCUGUUUUCCCCCGGCUGUGAGUCAGAGCGCCCAGACUGCGGGAGAAGGAGAUACCCCUCUGCUUCUGUCCCUUCACCUGGAAGCCAUCCCUGUAACCCUGCAUCACCAUGGUGCGCCCUUCUGGCCUACUAACCCGCCAAGAGGAACCAGUGCCAUUGAAGAGCAUCUGUGUGACCUUGUCCAUUCGUGAGUUUGUGGCUGGUGUGGCUGCUACCUUAAACUAUGAAAAUGAAGAGAAAUUUCCUUUGGAGACCUUCUUUGUGUUCCCCAUGGAUGAAGAUUCAGCUGUCUACAGCUUUGAGGCCAUGGUCGAUGGGAAGACAAUUAAAGCAGAAUUAAAGGAUAAGAAGAAGGCCCACAUCAUCUAUGAGAGUGCCAUCAGCCACCGCCACCAAGCUUUCCUCCUGGAAGAGGACAAGUGCUCCAGGGACGUCUUCUGUUGCAAUGUGGGGAACUUGCAACCUGGGUCAAAGGUGGCACUCACCCUAAAGUACGUGCAGGAGCUGCCCCUGGAAGCGGAUGGGGCCCUGCGCUAUGUGCUCCCAGCUGUCUUGAAUCCUCGAUACCGUUGCUCUGGAUCGCCUGAGGACAGUUGCCUUGAUUUGAAGACUCCCAUAGUCCCUUUGGAUGACUUGCCCUAUGCGUUCAGCAUGACUGCCACUGUCAGUUCCCAGCAUGGCAUUGAGACGAUCCAGUCCAACUGCCCCUUGAGUCCUAUUGAGUACCUUGGAGAUAAGAAGACUUCUGCCCAGAUUUCCUUGGCUGAUGGACACAAAUUUGAUCGAGAUGUGGAACUCCUGAUUUACUACAGGGAGGUGCAUACCCCCAGUGUAGCUGUGGAGUUGGGGAAUCCUAAAAACAACCCAGAUGGUUUGAUGAAAGAUCCAUCUGCGAUGGUGUGUUUCUACCCAAAUAUCCCAGAAGCUGAGCCAUCAGUUAUCUGUGGAGAAUUCGUCUUCCUCAUGGACUGCUCAGGGAGUAUGCAGUGCCCCAUAAGUAAACAGGAUAAAUCACAGUUGCGCAUAGAGGCAGCCAAGGAAACACUGAUUUUGCUGCUGAAGAGUUUGCCUGUAAACUGUUAUUUCAAUAUCUAUGCAUUUGGAUCUUCCUUCGAGGCAUUCUUUCCGAAUAGUGUGAAAUACACUCAGGAUACCAUGGAAGAGGCACUGAAGAGAGUUAAACUUAUGCGGGCGGACCUAGGGGGCACGGAAAUCUUGACACCACUCCAGGUCAUUUACAGAGAACCUUCCAUCCCGGGCCACCCCCUACAGCUUUUUGUCUUCACAGAUGGAGAAGUUACUGACACGUUCAGUAUAAUUAAAGAAGUUCGGAACCACAGACUGAGGCACAGAUGUUUCUCCUUUGGGAUUGGAGAAGGAGCCUCCACCAGCCUCAUAAAAGGCAUUGCCCGGGUAGGAGGUGGCACUUCAGAAUUUAUCACAGGCAAGGACAGGAUGCAGGCCAAGGCACUUAGGGCCCUGAAACACACUCUACAGCCCGCAGUAGAGGAUGUUUCUGUGAACUGGGAUUUGCCUCGUGGUCUGUCUGCUAAAACGCUUUCACCAGAACAGACUGUCCUCUAUAAGGGUCAGAGGUUAAUUGUCUAUGCCCAGUUGACUGGGACCAUGCCGCCAGAAGAGGGAACAGGAGAAGUUUGCCUCAACUACACACUCCAGGGCAAGAGUUGUGAGAAUAAGGUGACAUUUUCCCUACAACCCAAGCUUGAUGACAACUUCACUAUUCACCGCCUUGCUGCCAAGGCCUUUCUCCAGAGCAUGGACAUAGGCUUCGGGGAGACUCCAGCAAAAACUAAAAAAGAUGUGCUGAAAGUCAGCAUUGACUGUGGAGUCAUAAGCUCCCACACAGCUUUCAUUGCCAUCAACAAGGAUGUCAACAAGCCAGUUCAGGGGCCCCUGGCUUGUAGGGACAUUCCAAGGCCGGUUCUGCUGGGUGCUGCUGCGCAGAUGCCACAAUGCAAAAGAGUUGGGUCUGCUAGGAUCUUUGGCUGUAGGCAUGGUUCACAGCCUCCACCAAAUAUCUUCCAAGCAAUGGAACCGCCUGUCCAAGACAUAAUGCCCCAGGAAUUGAAGGACCUUGAUGCUGGCUCCUGGGGAUUUGACCUUCCCACCAGAGCACCGCCAGUCUUUGGAGAGACUUAUCUGGUGCAGCUGAUAUCCCUCCAAAAUGCAGAUGGUUCCUGGGAUCUAGAUGAAGAUCUGGCCAGGAUCCUAGGUAUAAGUUUGAAAGACCUAUGGUCUGCACUCCCUGUCAAGGAUGCAGAUUCCUCAAGCUGGGCCACAGUCCUGGCGGUGGUUUGGCUACAUGCCAAGGCUAAGCACCAGAAGUGUGAGUGGGAACUUCUGGAAAAGAAGGCCAGAACCUGGAUUAACAGUAAUGCAGGCUCCAUCAAGAAAAAGCUUGUGAAAGCUGCUAUUGCUUUUACCAAGUCCUCCGUGGACCCUGCUGUCUUUGGGAUCUGAGGAGACUGUCUGGAGAAAGAAGUGCCUCUCCCCUGCUGCCGCCCUUUCCUUUACGCUCUCCUGCUGUGGUGUGUUUUUCCUUUUACACCUGGCCUGUCAGUUUCUUGACAUACAAGUGAAGGAUGCCCAUCCCACCUUGCCUCUCUGUUCCCGGUUCCCUUUGGAUAGGGCGAUCCGCUGCCCCCCCCCCAACAUGUACCCUCAGCCAAGUGCCGAUGGUCCCAGAACCUGUUCCCUUUCUUGGAGGAAUUUAAAGCAUUUAGAUAUUUAGAUAUUUACAUUCCUUCCGGGUUUUCCAGAAUGACCACAUGAAAAACAGGUGACACAGACUCCACACUAACGGGUACAGCACUGAUGUAGGAGAUCCCUAAAUAAGAGAAUUCAGUGCAUUAUAUUCGCCUGUUCCCUUUGGUCUUUUUUUUUUUUUUUUUUUUUUUUUUGAGAGAGAGAGACAUGGUGCAACUGAGCAAGGGGCAGAGAGAGAGAAUCCCACAAGGGGCAAAGGGCAGGGGAGAGAGAGAAGUGGGGCUCACCUGAACUGGGGCUCGAGCUCACCCAGUGUGGGACUCCCAGUGUGGGAACUGUGAGAUCAUGAUCUGAGCCGAAGUCAGAUGCUUAACGACUGAGCCACCCAGGCACCCCUAUUCCCUUCGAUCUUAUAUACUCAUCAUGAUCAGACUGCUGAGCUAUCCAAUUUUCUAUUCUAAGAUAGGACAAAGAGUUGGAAGGGAGGUUGAAAGCCAGCAUCGGGAUCAGUAUAACCUCAAGAUCACAAAGAGACUCCAUGGGUCCUCUGUGAGAGGCGGCACUGCUGGUGGCCUUCCUGGUUGAUUCCACUUGGAUUUUGCUAACCAGUAUCACAUGCCUUCCCUCCCACUGCCUAAGAGACGGGAUUGAAUCAUACCUUUUGGGGACAGAUGUUUCUCCUUAAUUGUUAAACUUUUUUUUUUUUAAGUUUCUUUAUUUUGAAAGAGAGAGGGUGAGAGGGUGAGCUAGGGAAGGCCAGAGAGAGAGGGAGAGAGAGAUCCAUGCAGGCUCUAUGCUGUCACUGUGGGGCCUGACACAGGACUUGAUCUCAUGAGCCAUGAGAUCCUGAGCCAAAAUGAAGAGUCGGAUGCUUCACUGACUGAGCCACCCAGGCACCCCUUAAUUGUUAAACAUCUUAGUAAGAAGCUAAUAAUGGAAUCUUUCGUCUUGGCCUGAACCCACGAGGCCUCAAAGUCAGGCUCUAUAAUCUAUAAUAAAGGAAAAAGUGGGUUUAAAGGUAGCUUUGCCUGAGACCUGAGACUGGAUCAUUCAGCCCAUGAGGAAGAAAGGGGCUCCCCAUGCUUGUUUCUGACCUUCAUGUCCCACAUACUCUGUCCUAGUGGGAAUGACCCUAUUUGACGGGGUGUCCCCUACGAUACUAUUGUAUCAAUAUUAAAAUGGCUGUCUCUACACUGCACUUUCUUGGGUCUGAUCUUUUGUGGACUUAUUUUUUGAACCUGCAUUGGUUUUAUUAUCCCUUAUUUUCCCUCUCAACGUUGCUGAUGCCUGCACGGUUUACACUGGGUCCUGUCCCCUCAUCUUCCGUUGUAGGCUGAUUUCCUGACUCACAUGAGGCAAGGAAAGGACACUGAUCAGAAAACCAGUAGUAGAAUCCUGACAAUACACUUAAAUAGUUACGUGAUAAUGGACAAAUGAUUUAACCCCCAGGAGCUCAGUAUCCCUAAAUGCAAAACUGGGAUUACACUCGAAUUCCAUUGUCACUUUCAUCUUGAAUAUUCAAGAAUACUGAGGAAGACCUCAGUAUCUGUUCACUUAUGUAGAGAAUGGCCUACACCUGAGUUCUGUUGAGCUGUUGAGUGAACCUCAGGAACAUUAGCCUGACUUCAUAGUGGAGACCGAUCUCCCAGGAUUUUCUCACAAGUCUGCUUAUGGCUGAGUGUCACCUGUGGAAUAGGGCUGUGGCAUCACCUGAAAGCCUGCUAGAAAUGCAGAGUUUUAGGCAACCCCAAGAACUACCGUAUUAAAGUCUGCCUUUUAACAAGGUCUCCAGGUAAUUCAUGUGAACAUUCGAGUUUCAGAAGUGAGGGCUUAGUCUUUAUAAAAUAGCUUGUUUAUAUCCAUGGCUGCCAUCUAGAUAGGUCCUAUUGAUGUUGUGACAAGAGACAGCUUCCCAAAGACCAUGCAACUUAUAGAACUACCCUGUGCUCAUAAAAAUAUGGCCCUUUACAUUUAUUGUACAGAUCAUUUUUUUUUUAUUACAUGUAUUAUUCCCUUCCCUUUUUCUUACCCUUCAGCUUGUGGACUAGGCUAGAGCUUGGGAACUUCUAGAGCAAAAAACAAAACAAAACAAUAACAACAAAAGCAAUCUUCCAUGUGUCUUCUUUAACAUACAGAACUGACUAUAGUUUUAAAGUAGGAUGGUUUUAUUUUUCCAUUCGAGCUCAUGCAGUAACAUGUUGUGCCAACUGUAAAUUCCUCAAAUUUAAACAAGUGUCGGUCUUCAUAAUCAACAAGUAUGUUUUGGCACAUUUAUCGAAGCCCACUUUCAAGGCUGGUGCUUCAUGUUUUUGGAAAAUAUAAAGCACCAUCUGUACUUUCAGGAACUGAUGGUCUGGGCAAGGAUCCCAGGAGAGAAACUGAGCUCAACUCCCAUUGGGCGUCCUCACCCGGCAGCUCUUUCCUGGCUGCAGAGACUUGGCCACAGGAGGAUGGCAGAUAGCACUACCUCGAGAUUCUUCCACUCACACUGAGCCCAGUACCUUCCAGAGCAGGGUACCCUACUGUGCAUAGACUUAAUGAAACCCAGUGCCUCUUUUCCCCAGUUGCAACAUAGUCACGCUGGGAUCAUGUAGCGUGUGCCGUUCCUCUCCCAAUUGAGCCGUUGCUUCCUCAAAAACAGUCCAUGUGCUUCUAGUAUCUGAUUGACUAGAAGAAAACCAAGAAAAAUCUCAUGCAAUGAGCUAAGCGCAUGUACUGUUUCUCCUACCAGCUUCAUCAGUUUUUGCCUCAGGUAUUUCGAUGAUCUCUUGUUAGAUUGUGUACACAUUUAAGAUUAUUGUAUCUUCUUGGAGAAUGCACCCUUUUGUCAUUAUGUAACACCUAUAUCCCUGAUGGAUUUCCUGGUUCUGAAAUCUGCUUUGUUUGAAAUGAGUAUAGCCGCAUCAGGUUUCUUUCUUUCUUUUAAAUUUUUUUUGUAGUGUUUAUUUAUUUUUGAGAGAGAGAGAGAGAGAGUGAGCUGGGUAGGGGCAGAGAGAGAGGGAAAGAGAUAAUGCCAAGCAGGCUCUGUGCUCUCAGCACAG